AUCACCAUCUAACAAACCAAACCACCCUUCCCCACAUCGAUCAAAUACUACAAAAAAAAAUACAAUUCCAACUUUAGAAAAUAAAAAAUCAGGAACACCCCCCAACUGUCGUCCGAGGGAGCCGUUGAAACCUCCUACUUUCUCUCUCUCUCUCUCUCUCCUCAUCUCCAUUCUCCCCCCUUUCAACUGUUUGUUGCUUAACGUUUCCUCCUUCUUUCUCCCCUCUUCAUUACGCUUUCUCUCUCCUCUUUCUAUUAAACAUUUAAACCCCUCCACCCCUAAAAUUAAUUAAAAAAGAUUCAAAACAGACAACAUCCAUGGAUGUUGUUAAUGGGGUGGUGGGGGGAAUGGGAUCCGCUGCAGCUGCGACCCACCUUAGCGUUCAUCAAGUUCUUGAUUUUAUUCAAUCAGACGACCCUGAUUUAAGGAUCAGAGCUGCCCAGGAGAUCCGUCGUCUCACUAAAACUUCUCAGCGUUGCCGUCGUCAGCUUUCCGCUGCUGUUCCCCAACUCGUUUCUAUGCUCCGACUCGACUCACUCUCUUCUACUGAGUCGGCUCUACUCGCCCUCCUUAAUCUCGCCGUUAAAGACGAAAAGAACAAGAUCAGUAUCGUGGCAGCUGGUGCCUUAAAUCCAAUCAUCUGUUUCCUUCAGUCGGCAAACGUGAGUCUUCAAGAACAUGCAACUGCAGCUUUGCUAACACUUUCUGCAUCUUCAGUAAACAAGCCGACCAUUACAGCUUCAGGGGGGAUCCCUCUUCUGGUAGAUGUCCUAGAAAUUGGCACCCCACAAGCUAGGGUUGAUGCUGUCAUGGCACUUUAUAACCUCUCCACUCACUCAAACAAUAUUAACCUAAUCCUUGACACAGACCCCAUACCUCCCAUUGUUGACUUGCUCAAAACAUGCAAGAAAUCCUCGAAAACAGCUGAAAAAUGUACAGCCCUCUUAGAAUCUCUUGUAAACUUCGACGAAGGUAGGGAUGCUUUAGUAUCUGAAGAAGGGGGUGUGCUUGCAGUGGUGGAGGUCCUCGAGAGUGGGUCUCUUCAGAGUAAGGAGCAUGCUGUAGGGGCACUACUAACAAUGUGUGAGAUUGAUCGGUGCAAGUACCGGGAUCCGAUUCUUAGAGAAGGGGUUAUACCAGGGUUACUCGAGCUUACUGUUCAAGGAACUCCAAAGUCACAGAACAAAGCUCAGAUGUUGCUGAGACUACUGAGAGAGUCUCCUUAUCCAAGGUCAGAUUUCCAACCUGAUACUUUGGAGAACAUUGUUUGCAACAUUAUAUCUCAAAUGGAUGGCGAGGAACAAUCGGGAAAGGCGAAGAAGAUGCUUGCGGAUAUGGUACAAGUUAGUAUGGAGCAAAGCUUGAGACACUUACAGCAAAGGGCUCUGGUAUGCACCCCUUCUGAUCUGUCUAUUGCCACUUGUGCCUCUCAAGUUUCUUCCAAGUAAUCAUAUGAUAAUACACUAAUUAUAGUCUUUUUUUUAUAUAUAAUUUGGGACACGUUUCUCCCACUCUUUUUUUCUUGGUGAUCUUUGUGAGAUAUGAUAUUUAGACCAAAUGAGAAAGUUACAAAUUGUUACUGUGUAUACAACGAAAAAUGCCAGUCCAGGCCAUUAUCAAUGGUAUCGGGUGACUGGUUGACGUGGUGGGGAAUAAAAAUAGAAUAAAGAAAAAUGCUUUGUGGUACGUAUGAAAUAGCUUAUUUUUCUCAAGUAGUUUGUUGUUUUGUAAAAAAGAAAACUGUAUAAUAUGAAUCUUGUACCUAAUGCUUCUUCUUAUUCUCAAAUCUCAAUCAAUAUCUUUCAUUUCCCUUUCUUACA